AUGUUUUCUCCAAAGAGACUUGAACGAUAUCGAGAGAAACUCAUGUUUGAACCACCAAGCUUGAUGAAGGCAAUCCUUAUCGAUGAUGAUGAUUACCAUCAUCAAUUUCCUGCACAACAAUCACAACAAAGCGACUUCGGAGUUGGUGAAGGAGAAUAUUUUGCAAAAUGUUCGAUCGGAGAAGAAAAGGAAUUGUCAUUACUGGGAGUGGGAGCAACAGUAAACACAAAUCACAUUCAUCAUCAUCACGGAUUUAUUUCAAAGAGAAUGGCAGCUGAUUUUGAUAAUCUUGAUGAGAGUCGGAAAAAGCGGUUGACUCUUUAUUGUCGGGAACAAGUAUCAUCAUUUUGGGAAUAUCACAAUGCCUCCAUGUCAGGAGGAUUUCAGACUUCAAAGGAGUUAUUUUCUCAUCAACAUCAUCAUGGUUAUCAAACAUAUGAUACCUUGUUGUAUACCGUAUUCGAUCCCGAUCUGAGAAAUUGUAACAGUGAGCAAAAUAAUUUCAUUACGAAUGGCGGAGCAAGAUCACCAUCAACACAACAACACCUGUGUCACCACGAAUUUGAAAUUCGAUUUACUAAUAAUUAUCCUUUACAACCUCCUAGAGUGAGAUGUCAUACCCUCUAUCAUCCGAAUGUUCAUCCAAUGACGAGCGAAGUGUGUCUGCCGUUAUUGACCUUAAACGAAUGGAAACCGUGUUUUGUAAUUUCUACAAUUUUAACGGCUAUUGAUCAAUUAUUGACGGAUCCAAUGCAUUGGGCGUCAGAUUGGAAUACAAGUCGAGUGAAUGGUGAAGCAUUUCAAUUAUUGAGAAGUAAUGAAGCAUGUUUUCAAGAACGAAAACAAGAAUAUUAUUUUAGUAGAAGAGCAAGCCCAGUUAUUCAUCAUCCAUGUGAUAGUCAAUUGAGUAGUUGCAUCGAUGCAGAAACACCACAAGCAGAGGCUGAUUCAUCUUCAUUGGAUGAAAUGAUGAUGGAUGAUCCUCAUGUGUGA